CUUCACUUCCUGCAAGUCUGCAGAUAAAAAGGUGAAACCAUCUCACUGUCUCUCACCUUCACACUGUUAACUUUAUUUUUUUCGCAAUUGCUUUCUUCCGUUUUCCAUGUCAUUUCCUGUGAUGAAAAAUGGUGGCCAAAGCUUGAGGAGGCGACUGAGUCGCUGCAAAAAUUAACGGGAAACUUUGCAUCGGCGGGCAGCCGCGGAGCCAGCGGCCGGGGCUCGGUGCUCUGUGGCCGGGCGGCGAGAGUCGAGCUUCACCCGGCGGAGAGGGUCCGUGUCCCCGCUGCGUCUCUGCAAAAGAGGGCUGAUAGAGGACGACCUGCUGGACUUCUACCAACAUGGUUCCACUAUGAGCGAGCCGGCGUUGGAUCUCUGGUUCUGUGAGGAGUGCCAGGACUAUUUCCAGAAGGAGUGUCCGUCCCACGGGCCCCCGCUGUUUGUCCCCGAUACACCCGCGUCCCCGGGGUCGGCCAACAGGGCGGCGCUCACUGUCCCGUCAGGCCUGGAGGUCUUCACAGAGGGAGACGAGGUGGAUGUUCGCUGCGUGGAUCCAACCAUCCCUAAGGGGGCGGUCUUCGGCCCGUACGAGGGAGAGCUGGUGUCGAAGGACAAAUCCUCCGGCUUCUUUUCCUGGAUAAUUGUUGAUUUUAACAACACCUAUCAGUCCAUCGAUGGCAGCGAUGAGACCAAAGCCAACUGGAUGAGGUUUGUCCGGACCUCGUCGGACGAGAGCGACAGGAACCUGACGGCGUUUCAGCGCGGCACAAACAUCUACUUCAGAGUGUGUCGGACGCUGGUGGCGGGAGAGAAGCUGAGGGUCUGGUACAGCGACGACUACAUCCAACGACUUCACUGCGUCUCUCAGGAGAGCAUCGACCGCAACCUGGACACAGAUCCCGGAAAGCCGGCAGUCCUGCCCAACGUUCAGAAGGACUUUAAAUCUCCCUGUCUGCAGUCAGCUCUGCAGGGCAAAUCCAGCCCCAGCAAACAACCCAGCGAGGAGUCCGACGGCCAGCCUCCCGCCAAGAGGAAGAAGAUCGACCUCAUCUUUAAAGACGUCCUGGAGGCUUCUCUGGAGGACUCCAGGUCCCAGUCUUCCCUCCCCAGUGAGUGUAAAACAGCAGCGCUCGGGUCGAGGUUUAAUUCCUCUGAAAGCAGCUUUAACGUUCCGAACCUGAAGGUUGAGGAGAAAGAGGAGGAGAACCAGAGCAGUGAGGAACCCUCUACCUCCUUCUGCCCCAACUGUGUCAAACUGAAGAGGAGGAUCCUGGAGCUGGAGGAGGAGCUGUCCCGUGUCAGAGGAGAACAGGGGGACGGGAUCGGUCUAUCGAUGUCUGAACAGACCCUCCCCCAACAGGAUCAGGUCCCGCCACACCCCGAGCAAGGCCCCAUCGAAGAGUUUCAAGGGAUGGAGCCCUUGACGCCCACUCAGGUGGUUCUGGAUGAAGACGACCAGGACGUGGACUCGGCUGAUGAGUCGAUCACUGCAGAUCUUGUGAUUUCUCCAGAAGACCCAUUGAAGCUUUCCUCUGGAGGAGGUCGACGGAUCCGUCGCUUCAAGCAGGAGUGGCUAAAAAAGUUCUGGUUCCUUCGCUACUCACCAACACUGAACGAAAUGUGGUGCCAUGUUUGCCGCCAGUACACUGUCCAAUCAUCCCGAACCUCUGCCUUUAUCAUCGGCUCCAAGCAGUUUAAGAUCCACACCAUCAAGCUCCACAGCCAGAGCAACCUCCAUAAGAAAUGUCUGCAGCUGUAUAAGCUGCGCAUGCAUCCAGAAAAGACAGAGGAGAUGUGCAGGAACAUGAUACUGCUGUUCAACGCGGCGUACCACUUGGCCCUGGAGGGACGGCCCUUCUCCGACCUCCGUCCACUGGCGGAGCUUCUGAAGAGGUGCGAGCUCAAAGUGGUGGACCAGUACAUGAAUGAAGGAGACUGUCAGGUCCUCAUCCACCACAUUGCCCGGGCUAUAAAAGAAGACCUGGCUGAGAAGAUGCGCUUGUCUCCCUUCCUAAGUGUCAUAAUGGACGCCCAAAAUGACGACCUUUUCUCAGACAUGGUGGCGGUCUACGUCCAGUUCAUUACCAAUGAGGGCUCCCCGAACACAGAGUUCUUGUCCUUGCAGAGACUGAGCAUGGCCAGUGUGGAUGGAUAUCUCCAGGCUAUGGAUCGAGCAUUCGGUGCCCUAGGCCUCAGGUUCCAGGACUUGCUGGUGGUGGGUCUAGGGGUAGACGGCACCAACAUCUCUUCAGGAAUGAGAGCCAACUUGUACAUAGCAGUACAAAAGACUUUUCCUUGGAUCCUCUGCCUUCCUAUCAUGAUCCAUCGGCCACAUCUGGAGGUGUUAGACGGUAUCAGUGGGAAGGAGCUCUCCUGCCUGGAGGAUCUGGAAAACAACCUCAAGCAGCUGCUCAGUUUCUACCGCUACUCCCCUCGUAUGAUGGCCGAGCUGCGAUCCACUGCUCCAACAUUGUCGGAGGAGACGGAGUUCCUAGGAGACAUUAGAGCCAUUCGAUGGAUCAUAGGAGAACCAAACGUCCUUAACGCGCUAAUCAAAGAUUACCUGGAGGUAGUCGCCCAUCUGAAGGAGAUCAGCAGCCAGACGCAGAGGGCUGACGCAGCAGCCAUUGCCCUUACCCUCCUCCAGUUCCUCAUGGACUAUCAGUCAGUAAAGCUCAUCUACUUCCUUCUGGACAUCAUAGCUGUUCUCUCACGAUUAGCCUUUACCUUCCAGGGAGAGUACCUGCUGGUGUCACAGGUGGAAGCCAAGAUAGAGGAGGCCAUUCUGGAGAUUGGCCAGUUGGUGGACUGCCCCGGAGAGUAUCUGCAGGAGUUUGAGGAAAACUUCCGUGAAAGUUUCAACGGCGUUGCUUUGAAAAAUCUGCGUGUUGCUGAAUCCAAGUUUCAGUCAAUCCGAGAAAAGAUCUGCAACAGGAGCCAGGGUAUUCUGUCUCAGAGGCUGGACCUGCAGAGCCGCUCAUUUGCCAAAGCCUGCAAGGUCCUGGACCUCUCCACCUGGCCUCACAACCGGGAGGACCUACAAGCGUACGGGGAGGAAGAAAUCCACAUGAUAUUCAACCAUCUGGAGUCCAUUCCCUCUGGGGGUCAGGAGGGCUCCCAGGCCAGGACUGAAGCCAGGGGCAGCCUGGUGGUGGAGUGGAAGGAUCUGAAAGCAGACUACUACAGUAUGAACGGUUUUAAAGAGGUUAUCAGUCACGUCUGCAGGUACAAGCAGCGUUUCCCUCUGCUGAAUCGAAUUGUGCAGGUUGUCAGGGUCCUGCCCAGUUCCACAGCCUGCUGUGAUAAAGGCCGUGGGUCUCUGCAGAAGAUGUGCAAGAACAAUCGUUCCAGGCUGACUCUGGAGCAGAUGAACGACCUGCUGACGGUGGCAGUUAACGGACCGCCCAUCGCCAACUUUGAUGGAAAGCGAGCUUUGGACAGCUGGUUUGAGGAGAAGUCUGGCAGCAGCUACUCUCUGUCAGCCGAGGUGUUGAACAGGAUGUCAGCUGCUGAUCAGAAGUCUGUCUUGCACAGCGUUGACGUCAACACAGAGUUCUACCCUGACAUCUAACAGGCAAACCCAGUGGUGUAGUGCUGCAACAAAAAAGUACUACAACACUACGCCAAUAUUAAAGUUACGAAGGGAGGCAGCAUCACUCCUCGACAUCUACACCACUGGGUAAACCUCUUUCUCCAACACAUUCUCACUCCCGGCUCGUCACAUAUUACCGCUUGGUCAAGGCCCUUUGGCAUUGCUUUUUAACGCCCUGGAUAUAUUUAAGUCUCCGCGGUCAAGUUAGCAACGCUUAGCAACAA